UUUUGUGAAUUGGGAUUAUUAUUAAACUAUUAGGAUAAAAUGACUGAUGAAAAUAUUGCAAAGAAUUCGAUAAAGCCGGAAGAGUCGAGAGAAAAGUCUGCUACGCCGAUAACACCUACGCAGGAUAAAAAGCCAACGCCGGCUGCGACUGCGCAUCUUUUGCCCGAUGCCGAAAUGGAAGAGGAGCAAGCAGCACAGCCGGCUGCGUACAGCAUGCGUCCGGCAUUUGGGGAAUCCUUUCCAUUGCCGAUCGUAAAGAGAAUCAUGAACAACACAAUGGCGGAGAAACUAAAAGACAAAGUAUAUGACAAGGAUGUGGCCAAGACAUGGACACGUGAAAUAGCCGACGAAGUGAACCAACAGAUUGCCGCCAAUUCCAAAGUAAAGCGCUACAAGCAUGUGGUCCAGGUGAUGCUGGGACAAGAAUUGGGAGCUGGUGCUACCUAUUUAUCGCGUUGUUGCUGGGACUGUGAUUGCGACACCUCCGUGACGGAAGUAUUUAGUAAUACGAGCUUGUUCUGUGUAUGUACUGUAUAUGGAACCUAUCAGUACUGAGGAUAAUACUCCUUAAUUAUUAUUUUAGAAUUAUGUUAAGCAUACCAAAUACUAAGGGAAAUCAAUCUCUUUAGGAUAUAUUUAAGUGGACGUUGGAAUCAAUCAUCAUUAAAUAUAAGUAACACAUCAUAACUAUGCUAACUUAUAAUUUAUUAUGCCAUCUGGAAUCUAAGAAUCGUACAAUUACACAGUAUGUCAAGUAAUUGUUCUGACAACUAAAAAAUUCACAAUUUAUUUAGUAUUUUACUUCUAUAUAAUAUUAUGCUGAUAGUUAUAAGAACAAGUUAACAAUAGAAAUAAUGAUUGAUAAUAUUAUUAAUUGAAUAUCAAACUAUUGUAAAUCUUUAUUUUUGUCGCAAAGCAAUUACUUGACGCACAGUGUGUACUCCAUUUAAUCUCUCUACUUGAUAAAGCACAAACAAUGUUGUGUAAAACAUUUGAACAUAAUUUAUAAAAGAAGAGUUUGCAUUA